AUGGAUGAUCGAAUCGUGGACACGAUAUUCGCAGGUUCGUUGGAGAAUCUGCCUCCGGUGAGUUCGAAGAUCGUCAGGAUCUUCACCAGUUCCACGUUCACAGAUACCACUAUGGAAAGAAACACGCUGAUGGCAAAAUGCUACCCCAAAAUCAAAGACUACUGCAGGGAGAAGCACGGUUUGGAAUUUCAGGUGGUCGAUAUGCGUUGGGGUGUCCGAGACGAAGCCACCGAUGACCACAUGACAACAGAACUCUGCAUGAAGGAAAUCCAGAAUUGCCAGCGACUCUCCAUGGGCCCGAACUUCGUUGUAUUCUUGGGGCAAAAGUACGGAUACAGACCUAUACCCACUUACAUCCUGUCGUCUGAACUGCAGAUGAUCAGAGAUGAAUUGGCUGCAACUGGUGGCGACCCAACGUUGAUUGAUACUUGGUACCGCAAAGACAGCAACGCCGUUCCUCCGAUCUCCGUGCUUCAACCCAUCUCCUCGAUUUUAACAAACUUCAACAACAAACGCAUCCCAAAACUUCAAGCCGAAGAUCAAGCGGUCUGGUGGGACACCUUGGGGAAGUUCCAGAAGAUGUUCCGCAAAGCCUCGAGCGCUCUUUAUCAGCAGGGAAAGAUGAGCGCCGAUGAAAUGCACAACUAUUUCAUGUCCGUGACUGAAAGGGAAGUGAUUAAUGGGAUAUUGAGCGUGCGUAACACGAAGAAUCACUGCUUGGCUUACGUCAGGUACAUCAACAACAUCAACCUGCAGAAUCUCAAGAAGGCUUCGCUUUUCGUCGACGUUAUCAACAGAAGUUUGGACGUGGAAUCGGCAAAGUUGUUGGGAAAUCUCCGAGAUGAGCGGCUUCCUGAUAAGAUCGAGACCAGCAACAUGCAGAAGUACAACGUGGAGUGGAUCGGACGCGAGGGUCUCGAUAACGAAACGCACGGGGAGUAUUUGAAGCACUUCAUCACGCACUUCUACAAGAACAUCAUUAAGCUGGUGGAUAGAGCGAUGAGGAAGGAGGAUUCGAGCGCUCAAGGCCAAAUUGUCACGGAGAUUCUCCAACAUCUUCACGCUUGCAACAAUUCUGUUAAGGUCUUUUACGGACGCGACGAUGAUUUGGAGAGGAUCCACCAGUACAUGAUUGGCGAUGACGAAAAGCCGUUCGUGCUUUACGGUGAAGGCGGUUGCGGCAAAACCUCGAUGUUGGCGAAAAGUGCCGCAAUGUCCACGUAUUUCGGAUGGUUCAAGGAUUCGAAACCGUUGAGCAUCGUGCGCUUCUUAGGGACGACCCCCGAUUCCAGCGCUUUAACACCUACCCUGAUUUCUAUAUGCCAGCAGAUCUCCUACAACUUCAUGAUUCCUUUCGAAACGAUUCCCGAUGAUUUGGUCCCAUUGACCGCCCAUUUCAAGCAGAUGCUCACCAUGGCUACGAAAGACCAACCUUUAUUCUUCUUUCUGGACUCUGUGGAUCAGCUGACCGGGACCGGAACCGGAAACAAAGUCUCCUGGUUACCAACGAGGCUUCCACAGCACUGCAAAAUUAUAGUGACGUGCGCUUGCGAAGAAACCAAUCCGGAGGUAUCGAGGGAAUACCACAUUUUAAGGAAGAUGAUCGACGUUGACGAAAACUUCUUGGACGUCACGCCUUUGGGCGAAGAACUUGCGAUGCAAGUCAUCAAGAUGUGGAUGAAAACUGCAUGCAGAGAUCUCACCAAUUACCAGUGGAGGCUGGUUUCCAACGCCAUAGAGAAGUGUUCUUUGCCGAUCUUCGUGAAACUGGUGUUUGCGGAGAUCUGCCGAUGGCGCAGCUACACGAAAUCCCAGGACACGCACCUGGCUUCGACCGUCAUGGAUUCAAUCAUGAUGCUGUUCGAGCGAAUCGAAAAACAGCACGGAAGAAUCUUGGUUUUCCACGGAUUGGCGUAUAUUACAGCAGCGAAAAGCGGUCUCUCCGAAUCCGAAUUGGAGGAUCUAAUCUCUUUGGACGAUAAAGUCUUGGACGACGUUUACCAAUACCACAUGCCUCCUGUUAGGAGGAUUCCUCCGCUGCUUUGGACGCGAAUCCGCAACGAUUUACCCAAUUACCUUUCAGAGAGGGAAGCUGAUGGUGUAAGCGUCAUGAAUUGGUAUCACAGGCAAUUUCGAGAUACGGCAAAGGAACGAUAUUUCAAGAACCAAAAUAUGGCUUUGUAUUUUCACUCAAUGAUCGCCGAUUAUUACUUGGGAAUUUGGGGCGGCGGUAAACCGAAGCCCUUCAAGUACACGGAGAUACAAAGGCAUCGUUUUAAUUUGGCUGAUAAAGAGGGAAUAGCCGAUAGGAAAGUGCCGGUUCAGCCGUUGGUUUUCUACGGAAAAGACGGAAAGGUCACUAGGUAUAAUCUACGAAAAUUUGGAGAACUUCCUUACCAUUUGGUACGUUCCAAAAGAUACACCGAUCUGUACGAAAACGUCCUCUUCAACUACGAGUGGCUCCACGCGAAACUAUCCUCUUGUCCUCUGCAAGCUUUGCUCUCCGAUUACGAAGACGCUUCCAGUCACAUAGAAAAUAAAGAUAGUAGAAGGUGUAAUAUUAAUGUUUACAAAAGGGAAUUGAUGCUUGUAGCUGACGCUUUGAGGCUCGGCGGAGCUGUUCUGGGACAAUACCCAAACAUGUUGGCUCCUCAACUGGUAGGUAGACUUCUUCCAGAGGUUGGACCAAACGCGAACAUAAAAAUGUUGCUCAACGAUUGCGACAUCAAAGGUCCCAAUCAAUGCGCUUUGAUGCCUUUGUACCAUUGUUUGCAUACGCCCGGUGGACCUCUCAAGUAUUCUUUGGAAGGGCAUCAAUUCGCAGUUUUCGGAUUCUGCUUGACAACGGAUUACAGAUACGUUGUGUCCAUCUCGAAUCGAUUCAUAACUUGGGAUCUAUCCACCAGCGAUUUGACGAGGGAUGUCAAUCCGAACAUCGAAGGUAUCAUGCAGCAAUUGGUCUUGAGUCCGGACAACAAAUGGGCCGCAGCUUACACCAAUAACAAUGAAACAAUAUUAUUGAACAUGCUGACCAGCGAGUUUAUAUCCAUCGCUAAUCCGUUACCUGAUGACAACGAAGUUGUAGGUGUUCAUCUACUAAACCAUAACUUGUAUAUUUAUGGUACUAGUGCUUGGGUGGAAUACGAUAUGCGAGGUCAACUCUUGGAGAGGUACGAGAGUGCUUGCGAUCAAAACCAAUGGCGCAUUUUAUUUAUGGAAUUCGCCGAUAAAACCAAUUACUACAUCAUCUACUGGUCCGGGAAUAUAGAUGAUGACCGCAUGGUCUUACACACUUACGUGGAUGGUAUGGCUAUGGAACCAUUGGAUUACCAUAGCGGAAUCGUCUUCACGAAGAACCGGAAAGCUCUGUACGCCUGCACGAAUAACGACCAUCAUUCUGUUACGAAAUAUACAAAAAAUAUUGAGGAAAUGCGCUGGAUUCAAGAAAUUGAGUUACCUAGAUCAUCCACCGAUAACACUGAAGUCGUUCUUCAAUUGCGUCUGGAUAAAGAUGAUUGCGUCCUUUUGGCCACGACGAGUAAUGGGUUCAUCAUCUGGGAUCUGAAUGAAGAGGAGAAAAUUAGUGAUGGUGCUGUUGCUUUAAGUCUUCCUUACGCCACAAGGAAUAUCACGACGAAAAUGUUGCAUUCCAAUUCUAUUGUCUUGAGCGCGCACAAGAAUUACGCAAUUGCUGGUGUUAGGAAGAAUCUGUACGUGUGGAGCGUGAAGACUGGUAAGUUGAUGAAAGUUUUGGACGCGCAUUUUGGUCGAAUCAUCCAUUUGGAACCUUUAACCAUCGGCCACUGGAACAGCAUAGUCACUUCCAGCAUAGAUCGAACUGUUAAAGUGUGGAACAUCAACAACAUCUUCGAGCAGGUCCACGUGAUUGAUCGUCACGAACUGCAAGUCGAUUCAAUUAGUUUAUCAAACGAUUUGAGUUUAGCUGUGACAGCAACGAGGAAUUGCAUCGGAGUUUGGGAUUUGAGGAUCGGCAAACUUUUGGCCAAAUUGGCGGACAGUCCUUUAGGCGCCAUAGUUACCCACGCGUUGGUAACUCCUGAUGGAAAAUUCAUCAUUUCUGCCGAAUCUGGUAACAUCUUGUUCUGGAACCGUUUGACUCAAUUAGUGGUGUUCAAGGAGGAGCAAAUCGGGAUAAAGCAGUUGACUUUGAUGGACGAAGGCUCCAAAGUUUUGAGUAUUUCAAAGCCGACCAAUCCUUCGGGCACUGAUUUGGUGAAAACUACAGCCACUGCUUGCGUCCGCCACAUCCCAGACGGCGAAUUGGAAUACUCAUUUGAUUAUGCUAUAAAGAGCGUGACUGGGGUACCUUUUAAGAAGGCGGUCAUAACUUCUGAUGGACAGAACAUAGUGGUAGCUGGUAACGACAAGACUAACAGGGAUUGCGUUAUAGUUUUCAGCGCUAAGAACGGUAGUUUAGUGCACAAGAUCGGCCUCAAGCAUUGCUCGAUCAGGGAGCUUCAAUCUCUGAUCGCAAUGCCUCACAAGGGCUAUUUGAUUGGAGCCGUGGCUCCAGACAAAUGCGCAAUCAUCGAUAUAAGGACUAAGAAGCAUAUUCGAACUGUACCGAAAUGGGGAGGAAUUUGCACCACCGAUGGUAAAUUCGGACUCUUCGCUCCUUCCAGAGGCGGUUUGGAGUUGAUCGAACUGAAGAAAGGGCAAACAGUUAAAACCUUCAUACCGAAAGUAGCCGAAGGCGUGUUUUCCAUCAUAUGCAUGUUCACGAAAGCCGACGAGUACGUCUUGUAUUAUCACAGCGGUAAGAAAACUUUAAGGGUCUUCAGAACCUCGGACGCUGAAAUGAUUGCGAAUUACCGAUGCCAGGCAGAAUUAUCCGCAGUCGAAAGUACCGAGGAUGGAAGGGCUUUGGUAUUGGGAACGGUAGACGGUUGCGUCUCU